AUGCCGACGUACAGACGAAGAGCAGCGAGGAGGCGGUAUCAUUGGCCAGAGGUGCAAUUGAAUAUCUGGCUCAUCACGGUGCUAGCAGGCUCGGGGACUUGUCUUGGUAUCUUUGCAUGGUUUAUGGCAGUUCAAUCGCAACUACAUUUGGGUACACCAUGGCUUUUCCCAUUCAUGACCGUUACUGGGGCUCUCGGUGUCGUAUUCGUUCUUGCCAUCCUUAUCCUUGCCGCACAGCGAUUCCUCCUACCGGGGAUUAUAAUAAUCGGCAGUUUUGUGCUUUUUGCGUUAUGGCUGACGGGCCUGAUUGAAACGGGUCUGCAGCUAUACGGUGUUCAGGCAAAUGUCUACUCGACAUGUCAAGAUUAUGUGGCGGAUAUGCCGUAUUCAGGAAAUACAGUUGAAGCUCUGGCUUGGUUGACGCAGAGUAAUAUAUGUAACUGCUGGAAAGCCGCUUUUGCCUUCGAGCUUAUAAACACUAUUUUUUAUUUCUGGAUGAUGAUCAUGUCCUGGCAAGUGCACCGCGAUGCCAACUGA